AUGGACACUUUGCAAGUUACAUCUCAUUCAAACCUGGUCAGCGGAAACAAUGGUACCAGCCAUAGCAACGAAGAAUUAAGGACGCGAAGUGUUUCGUUUUCCAAAUUGAUAGCCCGGUCGUUUCGAAAACCUAGUGGGACAGAAAACGAAGCUGAAUCUGCCGCUGGGUCAACUUCUCCAUCGUUAAACCGGAAGCAACAACGGCAUAACCAAAAUCCAGCGGUAUUUGACAGCGAAAAUGAAGAUGCUGGAGCACAAGUACCUACAGGUACGCCCAAGGAAACCACCCCGGACUCUCAACAGUCCGAAAAAUUGUCGGUAAGGCUACGCAAAAUGUUUAAAAAACCGUCACCCGAUGUCACGUGCGAGAAGUCUGCUUCACCGUCUUUGAACUCUUCUGGGGCACCACUGCCGUACCCUGAAUCACCUUCUUUGGAACCUGCAAUUUUUCAGCUUGGUAAUGAAGGAACUCACAGUGGAACUGCUGGUUCAUAUCGAGGAUCGUCGUCCCUUGGAAGAGGCAGGUCACCCUCUACGCCCAUCAUGCCCAGUCAUAUAGUGCCAGCAGGUAAUGGAUCACCCCGCAACACCAGGAGUCCCACGGCGGGCAUUGCUGGUCAAGCAGUUUUGAAUGAUCGUCGAAAUACUAGAUCGGAUACAGUUCGCAGCAGCAAUCCCUAUUUUGCUUGUCAGGGCCUUCCGCCUCAUGCUUUCUCUUCCCAGGAGUUUGAUCCUACCAAUAUGUCCAGCAGUACGCGGCAUGAAGAUUCGACUAUUUUAAUGACUCCACCUGCUUCAAGCUCUACUGGUAUGACAUCCUAUUUUCACAACAGCUAUCAAAAUGCAAGCAACAAAUCGUUGAACGACAUAAAUGAAAAUGAGGAAGUCGAAGUUUUCAAAAAUACCGACCCAUCGGACCCUACUGCGGGCAAUAAACCCGUAUUAGGAAAAUCAUCGAUAGUGGCAGCUCCCAUGCCUUCAUAUGCGGGCUCAUCUCUCAGUCCUCAAUUAUUUCCAGAAAAUCCUGUCAUCGUUGUGGAGCAAAACUACGAAAUCAAAUCUAAAUUCGAUGAGAUGUCUCCUUUACCGUCUCCUCAAAUGAACGGUGAUGCUGCCAAGCCUGUUUUACGCAGGGUGGCAUCCGAGCCCAACGCCCUACAAGCCGUUAAGGAACAAACAUUAAAAGCCUCGCAUAAGACUGCCAACGGAUACAGUUCUUUAUCUAACUCUGUCAAAACUUCACCCAUUGCACCUUACGCGAUAGAAUUAGAAGAGCCGCAGCGGUCUCGUCGCUUGAGAAACAAGUCUUUCAGCAGCAAGUUUAAAGAAGUCAUAGUAGGGCCUACCUCUUUUGAAAAGAUAAAACUUCUUGGCCAAGGUGACGUGGGGAAAGUAUAUUUGGUUAAAGAAAGAAAGACUAACAGGUUAUACGCGCUCAAAAUUUUCAGCAAGGCCGAGAUGAUCAAAAGGAAAAAGAUCAAAAGGAUUUUGGCCGAACAAGAAAUUCUAGCCACCAGUAAUCAUCCUUUCAUUGUAACUCUUUACCACUCAUUCCAAUCCGAGGAUUACCUAUAUCUUUGUAUGGAGUACUGCAUGGGGGGUGAGUUUUUCCGCGCUCUGCAGACUAGGAAAACAAAGUGCAUUGAAGAGGACGAAGCCCGUUUUUAUUCCAGCGAAGUGACGGCUGCCAUCGAGUACCUGCAUUUGAUGGGGUUCAUAUAUCGUGAUCUCAAACCUGAGAAUAUUCUUUUGCAUAAAUCGGGACACAUCAUGCUGUCAGAUUUCGAUCUAUCCGUUCAAGCUAAAGACACUAAGGACCCUGUUGUGAAAGGUUCGGCUCAAAGCUCGUUGUUAGAUACAAAAAUUUGUUCUGAUGGCUUCAGAACCAAUUCUUUCGUCGGUACUGAAGAGUAUUUAGCACCCGAGGUCAUUCGAGGUAAUGGGCACACUGCUGCUGUGGAUUGGUGGACUCUUGGCAUUCUCAUUUAUGAAAUGCUUUUCGGGUUCACACCUUUCAAAGGCGACAAUACCAACAGGACAUUUUCUAACGUUUUGAAAAAUGAUGUGACAUUUCCGAACAAUAAUGAAAUCUCGAGAAGUUGCAAAGAUCUCAUCAGAAGACUCCUCAUCAAGAAUGAGAGCAAAAGACUGGGGUCAAAAUUUGGGGCUAGCGACAUAAAGAAGCACCCGUUCUUUAAGAAAGUACAGUGGUCGCUUCUAAGGAAUCAGGAGCCCCCUCUAAUUCCAGCACUUACUGAGAAUGGGUAUGACUUUACGAGAUUAACAAACAACUUGAAGGGAAACGACAAGGGCGGUGCUAAUGGGAAAAAUACAAUGGUAGAUGAAGUUACUGAACAGGAAAAGAUCAUGUUUGAAGAAAAAGUGGAACGAGAUGAUAUUGUUUCUGACGACGAUCCCUUUCACGACUUCAACUCUAUGAGUCUAAUGAAGCAGGACAACAAUUCAUUGAUUUAUGGUGAUCAGAACUCUUAUGGUAAAGUUUCUUACACUCCGAAUCAGAAUAGAUCAAGAAGCAAUAGUCAUCGCUUUUUCAAGCGAUAA